CUCACAGAGCUGCGAAGUCUUUCUCGUUGAGUCUCGCGAUUCCUAGGUGUGGUGAAAAAGCACAAAAUGGCGACUCUGUUGAUCGAUUGAUCAAAAUGUAACAAGCUCUUUUGGGAUUGUUUAUUGUGGAUUUAUCUUUGCAACAUGGGUGACACAGAUAUUGAUGUUUCUAGACUUCCUGAUGAUAUCAGAGAACGCUUGGCUGAACUGGACCUCGAGCUGUCGGAAGAAAUCCGCACAGAGGCCGUGAUGCAGGCGCUGGCUAUGCAGAACCGCAAGGUUCCCGUGAUGCCACUGCCAUCCAAGCGCACAUCGGUCAACUACCAGGGCCAGCAGAGGAGGGACAGGCAAGACUCGUCCUCGGAUGAUGACAGCAUAUUUGAUGAGGAGCAGCUGCGUAACUUCCAGCGCGGUGGCCACGCCCGGGACUCUGGGGCCAGCUCCAGCUCUUACUCCGACCAGGGAGCCUCUCCUUACCACGGGGGAGGGGGCAGUGGCGGUGCGGGAGAGAGGCCGCGGAGUGCACAGUUUUCUAACUACGUGAUCCCGGGCAACACAGCUAGACACGCCCUGGCGGAUGUGAUGCAAAAUGCUAGACAUUCCCACCAUAUAUCACCUCAACCCCCUGACGUGACCAAUAAUGCCAAGAGCACCAGGCAGGCUGACAGAGUGGGCCGCUACAACCAGUCGUCUGUUCGCAUGAAUGCAUCUGGAAAUGUCACUGGGAUGCAAGAAGAAGAUGCUCCUGCACACGGUAAAGUGUCUGCCAAAAUACAACAACUAUUGAACACAUUAAAAAGACCCAAGCGAAAGCCAUUAAGAGAAUAUUUUGUGGAUGAGGAGGAGGCUACACUUGAAACACCAGUGUCAGAUCCCAACGCUCCCAAGCCAGAGGGGAAAGAGCUCAUACCCCAACCUGGAGACCCUCUAGUGGUUCCGUCUGGCUUGCCACGCAACCUUGAGGCAGCUCUCCAACGGUAUGGGUCGUCAACAUACAAGGCUAAUGCCAUCACUGUCCUAGAUGCCAACGGGAAGCCAUCGUACAACCUCACGUAUGGCAAACUGCUCAGUCGCACGCAGAAAAUUGCGUACAGUUUGCUGUGCAAGGUUGGCCAGAAAGGAGAGCCCAUCAGACAGGGUGACCGAGUUGCUCUGGUGUACCCCAACAAUGACCCCAUCUCCUUCAUUUGCGCCUUCUAUGGCUGCAUCACGGCUGGCGUGGUGCCUGUGCCAGUGGAGGUGCCGCUCUCUAAGAGAGUCGGGGGAUCCAACGAUGCUGGAGGACAAGGGGUGGGUUUUUUACUUGGCAGUCUUAAUGUGUGCUGGGCCCUCACCUCGGAGAACUGCUACAAAGGACUGCCUAAGUCUUCAAACGGGGAAGUCGUCACUUUCAAAGGUUGGCCAAGGCUUAACUGGUUCAUCACUGAAAACUUGAGCAAACCGUCAAAGGACUGGCAACCUCCCCUGAGAGCAAAUGAUGACGUGCCAGCUUAUGUAGAGCAGUACGCACUCAACAAAGAUGGCAGCACAGUCGGGGUGACGAUAACGAGAAAUACGAUGCUGUGUCAUUGCCGCACACUAACAGUGGCUGCUAACUACACGGAGGGUGAAGUGAUGGUCUGUGUUUUGGACUUCAAAAGAGAAGUUGGGAUGUGGCAUGGUAUUUUAUGUAGUGUUUUCAAUGGGAUGCACGUGAUAUUUAUUCCUUACUCGCUCAUGAAGGUGGACCCAGCGUCCUGGAUGAAAAUGGUCACCAAAUACAAAGCGACGGUGGCUGUGGUCAAGUCUCGGGACAUGCACUGGGGACUGCUGGCACAGAAGGACCACAAGGACAUCAACUUCAGCUCGCUACGCUUGUUGCUCAUUGCUGACGGUGCUAAUCCUUGGUCUCUCACAUCUUGUGAUUCAUUCCUAAGUGCUUUCCAGAGCAAAGGCCUUAGGCCUGAGGCUAUAUGUCCUUGUGCAAGCUCUUCAGAAGCUCUUACUGUCUCCAUCAGAAGGCCUGGCCGGACAAGCUCCAGUGCCACUGGCCGAGGCAUCCUAUCUAUGCAGGGUCUGAGUUUUGGUGUGGUGCGUGUCGACAGUGAAAACAGUCUGACCUCCCUCACACUACAGGACUGUGGUCAGGUCAUGCCUGGAGCCACUAUGGUAGUGAUCAAGCUUGAGGGUCCGCCCCAGCUGUGCAAGGCUGAUGAAGUGGGUGAGCUGUGCGUCAGUGCUGGCUACACAGGCUCCAGCUACUGGGGUCUACAAGGCAUCACUCAAGCCACCUUCCAGGUCCAACCGGUGCAAGAGGAUGGAACUGUUCAGACAGACAGGACCUAUGUGAGGACAGGCUUGAUAGGAUUCCUUGGACCGGGUGGUCUGGUGUUUGUGUGUGGCAGCAAGGAGGGUCUGAUGCAGGUGUCAGGACGGAAGCACAACACUGACGACAUCAUUGCCACAGUGUUGGCUGUGGAGCCCAUGAAGUUUAUCUACAGGGGCAGAAUUGCUGUUUUCUCCAUCAGAGUUUUGAAAGAUGAGAGGAUUGUCAUAAUAGCUGAGCAACGGCCAGAUUGCACAGAAGAAGAGAGUUUCCAGUGGAUGAGCCGAGUGCUCCAAGCUGUGGACAGCAUACACCAGGUUGGGGUUUUCUGCCUGGCUCUGGUGCCACCCAACUACUUGCCAAAGACUCCACUGGGAGGCAUCCACCUUCACGAUACAAAGAAGAAGUUCCUUGAGGGCUCUCUGCACCCAGCCAAUGUGCUCAUGUGCCCUCACACCUGUGUCACGAACAUGCCCAAGCCGAGAGAGGUUCAUCCAGACGUGAAACCAUCAGCUGUCCAUGUUGGCAACAUUGUCCAGGGAGCUCGUAUGGCUUGGGCCCAAGGUCGGGACCUUGGUAUUUCGGAGGAAGAUGCGGACACAUCCAGGAAGCACCAGUUCCUCACAGAGAUUCUGCGCUGGCGCGCCUUGACUACACCAGACCAUGUUUUGUACACAAUGCUCAAUUCUAGAAAUCAACCAUCUGCCACGUACAGUUGCUCACAGCUCCACAAGCGUGCAGAGAAAAUCGGCUGUUUACUAAUGGAGAAAGGAAAGUUGAAUACAGGGGACCAUGUGGCUCUGGUUUUUCAUCCAGGUGUGGAGCUCGUUUCAGCGUUUUAUGGCUGUUUAUAUGUUGGCUGUGUCCCAGUGACGAUUCGACCCCCGCACCCCCAGAAUGUGUCCUCCACACUGCCCACUGUGCGGAUGAUUGUGGAGGUCAGCAAGUCUGUGGCCAUCCUCACUAACAGUGCCACCAUCAAGCUGCUCAAGUCAAAGGAAGCGUCUGUGAUUGUGGACUCUAAGACCUGGACCAAUCUCCUGGACACCGACGACUUGCCAAAGAAGAGGCUGGCUGCGGUGUAUCGCGCCCCCACCCCGGAGAUGAUCUGCUACCUAGACUUUAGCGUCUCGACUACGGGCAUGCUGGCCGGGGUCAAGAUGUCCCAUGCCUCUGCCACUGCCCUGUGCCGUGCCCAGAAGCUGCAGUGUGAGCUGUACCCGUCGCGCGAUGUGGCGCUCUGUCUGGACCCCUACAGUGGCCUGGGUUUUGUGCUCUGGUGCCUGAGCAGCAUCUACUCUGGCCACCACUCAAUUCUCAUCUCUCCGUCAGAGGUGGAGAUUAACCCAGCAGUGUGGUUGACAGCUGUUAGCCAGUUCAAAGUGCGGGAUACUUUCUGCUCGUAUGGUGUGAUGGAACUGUGCACCCGAGGCCUUGGGACUUCCACAAACUCUCUCAAGACGAAAGGUGUGAACCUGUCAUGUGUGCGGGCCUGCUGUGUGAUUGCCGAGGAGCGACCUCGCAUCUUGCUGACCACCUCCUUCACCAAACUGUUUGCCAGCCUUGGACUGUCACCUCGGGCGGUCAGCACCAGUUUCGGCUGUCGAGUCAAUGUGGGCAUCUGCCUACAGGGUGCUUCUUGUCCAGAGACCACGACUGUUUAUGUGGACAUGAGGGCACUGAGAAAUGACCGGGUCACUCUGGUGGAGAAGGGAAGUCCUCACUCUCUGUGUGUCCUGGAGUCUGGGAAGUUGCUCCCCGGUGUGAAGGUGGCCAUUGCAAAUCCCGAGACCAAAGGCCAGUGUGCUGAUUCUCAUUUAGGAGAGAUCUGGGUGAGCAGCCCUCACAACGCCAAUGGUUACUUCACCAUCUACGGUGACGAAUCUCUGCACCACGACCACUUUGACUCGCAGCUGGCCACAGGGGAUGUGGGCUCCAGCUACGCUCGCACCGGAUUCCUCGGGUUUAUCAGACGCACCGAACUCACACAGUCGGAUGGGGAACGUCAUGAUGCCAUCUUUGUUGUCGGAGGCCUGGAUGAGACUAUAAUGCUGCGAGGCAUGCGCUACCAUCCAAUUGACAUUGAGAUGACUGUACAGAGAUCACACAGGAAAAUCUGUGAAUGCGCUGUGUUCACGUGGACCAAUCUGCUUGUGGUGGUGGUCGAGCUGGACGGACACGAGAAUGAAGCCCUGGACCUGGUGCCCCUGGUGACCAACGUGGUUCUGGAGGACCAUUACCUCAUUGUGGGUGUGGUGGUGGUUGUUGACCCCGGUGUCAUCCCCAUCAACUCCCGUGGGGAGAAGCAGCGCAUGCAUCUGCGCGACGGGUUCCUCACAGACCAGCUGGAUCCUAUUUAUGUGGCCUACAACAUGUGAGGAGGAGGAGUCGCAGUGUUGUCUGAAAGCAUUUUUCUUGUUUGCCUGUGCGCCUGAGAGAGGGGGUGGGUGAGAUGGGAAACUGUUUGGAAGUUUAACGUAUGAGGUGGGAGAGCAUCUGUUGGACAGAUGAGUAAAGGUGGAGUUUGAUGCAGACUUGUUGGUGUUCUGUGAACCUGGGACAUUGUCACUGAGUGAUGGUCUUGGAUACCGCAGUAACAGUUGGCACUUGUGUCAAUCAAUAUCUUGACAUUGGUUCCUGCCUGCUGUGUGCAGCGACAUUCCCAUGGCGUGGAACACAAGGCUGUAAUGAUGAGCUUGUUGCAGCAGAGAUCUUUCCACCAAUGAUGGAACUUUCACCUUGUCAGCCUACGAGAACAAAAGCCUUUGAAGUAGAUGGGUUGUUUUUAUCAUGCACGCAGAAGAGAAGCUUGCUGUUUAAUUAAUGCUAUCCAAAUUUUUCAAAAGACAUCGUCACACGACGCAAAGUUGAAUGAAUACCGAGUUGUUAAUUUUUUUUUUUUAUUGUGUUUGCUAUAUGAAGUCUGCCUUUUUGAAAAAUUGACUUUUGUUGUAAACGAUUACCUUAAAGAAUCCUGUUUUAGGUGAGUUAAAGUUAUGGUUUUGUGUUCUUCUGAAAUUCCAAUUAGCUCUCACUUUUGUUUUAUGAUUGUUUUGAUGGAGGAAGGCUGUUUUUACUUGUACAUUCUUUAAGUUGAGUAUUUGUUAAAAAUAUGAUGAACCUGUGUCAGUACUGAUUAGAUUGCUGAUUUUAUGAAAAGCUUGGCUGUGCUGUAAAAUGUAAGAGGAAUACUCUGCUUAUAUAACAAAUGUGAACAUCUUGCCCUGACCUGGCAUUGAUGCUGCAGAACAUGGUAGUCUGUGCACAGUUUUGACCCCCCCUACCAGGAAUAAGAUAGACGGUAAAGCUUGUGGAAGGUUAGAGUGGAACCAAAAAAAUUAGAGGGCUGUAGAUUGUUGGUUUUUUUUUUGUCUAGGAGGUUGGCAGCGCACAGGUGGUAGUGUCGAAUUCGAUCCAGUAAAAGUUGAUUGGAUCAUCUUUUUGUGUUGGGAGACUAGUAGUUGUGAUUGAACACCAAAUGUAAUCUCACUCAAAUAUCUGAGAUCUGUUUUUUGUUUCUUUUAUGAUUUAUCAUGUCAUCAGUAUGAGAAAUUUUUAACUCUCAUUGUUGUUCGGUUCUUUUUGUACACAUUUCUGGGUUAAUGUUUAGCAUUGGCGCACUCAUUUGUACCGUACUGUUCUCUGUUGUAUCACUUCGGUUUGUGAUACCUCUCACACAGCAUAAAGGGAGUCAACUGCGUAAUAUGUUGUCCAUGAAGGCGAUCACACUGUAAACAUACUAUUGAGCACGGAUAUAGGUCAGUGAAUUUUUGUUAUUGGUCAUUGUCAUUCUAGAUGACUACUUCAGGUGAUUUACGACCUUUUCAGCAAAAACCUCUUGACGGUGUGGGUUUGUAUGUAAAGAUACAUAUAAAGCCUCCUUCAGACUGGAAUACUACUUAAAACUCGCCUAUUUUUUGUUUUGCUUUACUUCUUGAGUUUUUGAAAGGGAGGGAGUACUGGAUAUAUGAGGCUAGAGCCUGUGUUUUGUUAUGGAGUGAAUGCAGUCGAGAUGGUUGUUAAUUAAACUAUAUUUUUGUUAAUAGAAACGUUAAAUAGAAAGGUUAGUCUUAGAAUAGGGAUUUUGUUUUGUUUAGUUCGAACAUGCUGUAUCUUGUUUUGUAAUCUUGAAUUGCAUUUGCAUCAUUCUGCAUAACGUAUGGGUUAAGAUAACCUCCAGCUUUGUUUUCUAUACCCCAUCAUGGUCAUUAGAUGAUAAUGACCUCAUGUUUAUGCCACUGCUAUUAUAGCAGACACCAUAAUGCUAUGGGAAUUUUGCCAAAUGAUACGCUUCACUAGUACAAUAGUGUUUGGUCUAUGAAUUUCACUUGAUUGAACUACAAGCAGAGUUUUUUUUUCCUUUUGUUUCUUGUUUCAUGAUAUCAUAAUAAUCAUGUGUUGCUGUUUCUUUUAUAUAAUAACAAAUGUUUUCCUUGCACUUGUAUAUUGUACAUUUAGCAAUACAUUCAAUGUCAGUGCUUUGUGAAAGUGAGCACCAGAUAUCUCAAGGCUUGGGGCAGGUUUGCAUGGUUUGUUGCUCAAAGUAUCUCCCUGUGUAGUCACACUAAUUAUUUAUUUUGCUUUCUUUUGUAGAUUCUGUUUGUGUCAAGUUGACAUUUCACAGGACAACGGCUGGCUCAGAUGGUGCCAGUAUUUUUUUUAAAAAACAUAAUGAGUAACUUCAUGUCUUCUGUCUGAAAGUUGUACAGUGAAUGCUGAAUGAGCUUUUUGUGUGAAAGAUGUAGCUUAUGUGUUCAAUGAACAUCUUGAAUGUAUUGAAUUUGUGCAGUUAUGGUGUUUGUUCAUUAAAAGUAAUAGUGGUGGGGGGGGGGAAGUGGUUGAUUGAGGAGCGUCUUGAUGGACCGUAUGACAUUUAGUGUUACGUGGAGAUGUUGUAUACUUCUGUGGAGCGUGGUGGUUUGCAGGUUUUGAUUCUGCAACGUCUCUUUUGUUUGAUUUCCUUUAGUCUGAAACAGAAAUAUGUAUGUAGGUUUAGGUUCAGACUUGCAGUGAAAGUGAUAAUGAUGGUUUAGUAUCUUUAGAGUUUUAUUCGGAACAGAAUGAUUUGUUGCUAUUUCAAGAAGACUGUGAGGAGUGAAAGUGUAAAUGUUUUUUUUAUAGUGCCGCCCCUUCUGUUUACAUAAUUAUGAAGUUAGUGAUGGCUGUAAAAGUGUUUUGAAAUCUUAGUGUCUUAAGAAAAUUAGAUUGUCUUUGUCAAUGCCUUUUGUUUUGUCAAAGCUUAAAAAGGUCUUAAAUGUCAAGGUGAACUGGAGAGUUAAAAAGUUCACCAUUUGAAUAUCUAGUGAGGGGGGGGGGAAGGGAGGCAGUGAUAAAGGAAGAUCACACUGCACUCUGUCUAUUCAGGAGGGUUUUUCAGAUUCUGUCACGUUCUGCCACCCCCACACCCCCCACUAGACAUUCACAUGAUGAACUUUUUAACACAUUUUUUCUCAUUUGACUGUAAGUUUUACUUUGCCUCAGAUUUUUUAAACAUUGAUCUUUCCAUGUUUAUUAUGGCCAAAUGUCAGUUCUACUUUCACUUCUCAGGUGAUAAAAACCAAGUUUUGAGAAGACGUUAAGUUGAAGGCUAGUGAUUGGUAAAAGUUUCAGUAAGACCAUCAUGGAUCUCGAUACAGGUGUUUUUGUAAGAGAUUUGUGCUGCAGUGAACAAUUAAGAGUCAGGAUCGUUACUAACAUUUUUCAUUCUCUUCUCUUGCACUAAAUCCGUCAGCGUCUAUCUGUGAGUCAAGCGUUUGUGAGUUUCGCUUCAUCUGGAUAACUACAAGUCAAAAAUCAGUAUUAUAUUUCCUUUUGUUUGUACUUUUUGUCUCAUUGCUUUGAGCUCAGGCAACUAUUCCUGUGUGAACAUGAGCAGAACAAUCAAAACCAGGAUAGGAAGGGCUGAGUGGGUAGACAAGUGAAUGAAUACACAAUGAUCACCCUGUGUGAACUGCACUGUUAAUGCUGUAGAGUCGAGAGUGAAAUUACUUGCCCCAUGAUAAUGAUCUCGUUAAGUCAAACUUCCCUUCUGGUUACUGUUGUCUUGGCCCUAAAUGGUUAUCUGAGACUUGAGCAAUGUUUGCAUAAACAGUUUGUAAUAAGUGACAUAAGUUUGUAAAGAGGCACUGAAAAUAUCACUGGCUGUGAUGCCGAAUGACUUUUCUCUUUUUGUUGUACUGUGUUAUAUGAUUUUGUUUUAAUUCUUUCAAUUUUAGUGUUGGCAUAAUCGAUCUUAUGAGCAGAAAGAAAUGAAUAUUGGGACCAAUGUGUGUAGAGGCUGAUUUCGGUCAUAGCAAUCGGCAUAGAUGAAGCUUUUGACCAGCUGGGGAGCGUGAUUUCUCUGGAUCAAUGUGUGUAUUGUGCAGCAGACUUUCUUUUCUGGAUGCACAUCGUAAUGUUGUCUAAAAAGGAUGGUGACUUAAACAAUUUUCAGGAAGCAGGAAUUAUUUUUUCAUGGUACCAAAUUGUCCUUAAUUUUUCUAGUGCUGAGAAGUUGAAGAUAUUUACGUGUUUGUGAUAUCUUCUUUUAGAGUAAACUGUUUCUCUAUUUGUUGUUUGCUAAGAUAAUCGUCCUGUCCAGCGUAAUCUAAGGCUAUAAUGAACAAGUAUCCAGAAAACUUCUCUUUUUCGUUGGUCUUUUUGUUUAUUUUCUGUGCUACGGAAUUUGACCAAAUUACACACAAAGCGUACUACUGGACAUUAUUAUUUGCAUCCAAUAAGUAAAUCCUUUUUAGGGUGUGUUAGCUGCUCUUUUGUUUCCUUGAAAUUGAAUUCAUUGUAAAAAUGGGCAAAUGUACAUUCUGAAACUGAUUUUAUAAACAAGAAAUUUUGUUUUGUCUUUUGAUGUGGGGGCAGAGCUUAAGCUUUUUGUUUUUUAUGGGAUUCUUUUAUCAUUCACAAUCUUAUUGUGUUAUGUCUGAGUUCAGGUGUAGAAAGAAGAAAAAGAGGAAAUUGGAAGGUGUUUGGGGAUGAAAAAGAGAGAGGAGAGAGAUAG